GUUUUAGAGAGAACGGUUUUAAUUUUAAUAUUUAUUAGUCAUUUGUCUCAGGAAACUAUAUUUAAGGCCUGGAUACGUAUCGUGAUGGAUAUGUUUUGCAGCGCAGACCCGUGUGGAGGAAUGCACGCUGCGCUCUUCCCUCCCUCUCUGUGACGCGCGGAGGGGAACCAGAGGAACGAGCCCUCUGUGAGGCAGAGCGGAAAAGGGAGACACACAAACGGAUUGGGGGAGAGAGGGGAAUACUGUAGUGAGGAAGAGAGGCGUGCCGAUAAUCAAGGAUUUCGGAUGAGGGCGCGCGUCUCGGAGAACACAUGGGAAGGCACCGGAUCAAUUACGCAGCGUCACCGAGCAGUCGCGAGAGAAGAGAAGAGGGGCUCCCUGAGGUGCUGCUUCUGCUGCUGCCUGUUCUACCCCGUCCUGCCCUGAAUGCGCUGGGACACUGAGUCCUGUGCGGGACAUCAAAGUUCAGACGGAUAUACGACGCGGAGAAAGACGGGAUCUUUCGCCAAGAUGCAGGGUCUGAGUUCCCGGGCUCACGCGUUUUCGGUGGAGGCGCUGGUCGGGAAACCCUGCAAGAGGAUGAAAGUGUCGGAGGGACACGAGUCCAGUUCAGCUGGAGACACCGGCAGCGAUACGAGCAUCUUCCCCGGCCUGAGGGAACAUCCAGUCAGCCAGAUGAAAGCAGGUUCAACACCGAGGAGGGCAGAGGACCCAUCCGGUGACCCGGAGAGACCGACUCUCAGAUCAGGGGCUGAGCCCAGCGGAGAGGAGAGCACGCCGAAGGAUAGGGACUACCGCCCGGACAGAGAGGUCCGGGUCGAGCUGCAGGGCUCCGAGCUGUGGAAGAGAUUCUAUGAGAUCGGAACCGAGAUGAUCAUAACCAAAGCUGGCAGGAGGAUGUUCCCCUCUGUGCGCGUCAAAGUGCGCGACCUGGACCCGUGCCAGCAGUACUACAUCGCCAUGGACGUCAUGCCAGUGGACUCGAAACGCUACAGGUACGUGUACCACAGCUCCCAGUGGAUGGUGGCCGGGAACACGGACCACUCGUGCAUCUCCCCCCGCCUCUACGUGCACCCGGACUCCCCGUGCGCAGGAGAGACGUGGAUGCGCCAGGUCAUCAGCUUUGACCGGGUCAAGCUCACCAACAACGAGAUGGACGACAAGGGACAUAUUAUUCUCCAGUCGAUGCAUAAAUACAAGCCCCGUGUGCACGUCAUCCGGCACGACCCUCGCGUGGACCUGUCCCAGAUCCAGUCCCUGCCCGCUGAAGGCGUCCACAGCGUCUCCUUCCCAGAGACGGAGUUCACCACGGUCACAGCCUAUCAGAACCAGCAGAUCACAAAACUGAAGAUCGACAGGAACCCGUUUGCCAAGGGCUUCAGAGAUCCAGGAAGGAAUAGGGGAGUGUUGGAUGGCUUGCUGGAAUCAUAUCCGUGGAGAGGCCCUCUCAGUUUAGACUUCAAGCCCUUCACCAUACAGCUCCAAGGGAGCUCGGGGUCGCCGACCGGCAGUGUGAAGACUCUUCUCCCCCUAUCUUCUUCUUCUUCUUCUUCAUCCCCGUUUUCCAUCUCCGCGCUCUCCUGCCACGAUGCCGCUCUCCACACCUUCGCUUUUCCUCUCUACGGCAAGUCUUCCACCGCCCCCCCCCAAUCCCCGCUGCCCAGCAGGGCCUUCUCCUCCCUGGGAGUGGACAGACUGAGGGGCCUCCCCCCGCUGGCACCGCUCACAGACCUCCCGCUCCUCUCGGCGCUGCAGGCAAAGAAGCCUCCCCACUGUAGGGACCUGUGUCUUCACGGGUCUCCGGGGGGCUCCCCCUGCCUCUUCCCCCUCCACAGCCCCCUCGGCCCUCAGGGGCCUUCUCUCCUCCCUCACUUCUCUGACGCUGCAGGCCCCUACUGUCUUUACCGCUACAGCUUCCCCCUGAACCCCCAACUCAUUUCCCGGCACGCCAAACUAGCCGAAGACACCACAGACCGUCUGCUGCGCCAGUCUCCGUGGCAACCGACCACCAACCACUGCCUCUGACAGCCGGACCGCACUUUCAGGCUCCGGCCCAUUGAGUGGAACGAGCCAGAGCUUGUUGCAACAAAACAGAGAGGGCCGGUUCUCUAUUCGAGCAAGACUCAAAGGAGCAAUAAACUGUGGCGGUUUUGAUGUUUUUUUGUAUUUAAAAAGGGUUUUGGACGCUGUGUUGGAUCUACCAGCACAAAAACUCUUCCUGAAGCAGUCGAUGAGCUGCUCCUCUUCACUCUGCACACACA